ACACUCAAGUUGAAAGCCGGUCAACACGCAGCCGACGACGCGCGGCGGUCUGGGGCGGCGUGUUUUGUCCCUGCGGCCGUUGUUGUUGCCUUUUUACGCUGACACAGCGGAGUCUGCGAGCGGCGUUGAUCCCGAGAUUAGACGCGCACAAAGGCGCCGUCACAACAUGAGUGCGCGUGGUGGACGUGUGCGUAGUGCGGGCGGCAGCCUAUAUGUAUACAUGUCGUGUGUACGUGACCCACUUCCAGGAUGGCUCUGGCGGACGGCAUGUUGCGCGCGUGGCUGCUUUUCGUCUGCGUGACGCUUGUCCUCUAUGCAAAUGCUGAGGACCAAGCCAGGAUCUUCAGGAGGCCCCAGUGCAGCGGCACCACUCCGACCCGAGCGUGUCCGCUCAACUACUCGCCCGUGUGCGGCAGCGACGGCGUCACCUACCCCAACGAAUGCGCUCUUUGCAUCCACCGACUGGAGAAGAAGUUGGACAUUGUGAUCACUAAGGAUGGCCCCUGCUGAUGACAUUACAUCUUUGUGUGUUUUUUCACGGACUACUCCCACGCACACCCAUGCACACGUUUGUCUAUUUUUUUAUGGCGUUCCUUUAAAUCAGAGCAGCGACUUUUCUGCCAGCUUUUUCUCAUUACGUGUGCAAGAAGACGAACAAAAAGAGUGAAUAUUAACUUGACAAAUUGUACUCCAAUGAAAUAAAUAUCAUGUCAACAAGC